CUCCAAAACCCAACACACACCUUGCCUCGCUACACCACAACCUAGGCGCAUACACAAUCUGCUCAUCUAGGUGAUACCAGACAACAUGGCGGAAGGAAUCGAUAGGAAGGCGGAGGAGAAGAUGGAGUUCUCAACGUCCAAGGAGGUCACAGUUGCACCAACUUUCGAGGCUAUGCAUCUGAAGGAAAACCUACUCCGAGGAAUCUACGCAUACGGAUACGAGUCUCCUUCAGCGGUCCAGUCUCGCGCCAUUGUCCAGAUCUGCAAAGGCCGAGACACCAUUGCGCAAGCGCAGUCUGGUACGGGAAAGACAGCUACAUUCUCCAUCAGCAUCCUCCAGGUCAUCGACACAGCUGUCAGAGAGACGCAAGCUCUGGUGCUGUCCCCGACUCGCGAACUCGCAACCCAGAUUCAAUCCGUCGUUAUGGCUCUUGGAGACUAUAUGAACGUUCAGUGCCACGCAUGUAUUGGAGGCACCAACGUUGGCGAAGAUAUCCGGAAGCUCGACUAUGGCCAGCAUGUUGUUUCUGGGACGCCAGGACGUGUGGCAGACAUGAUCCGUCGCCGAAACUUGCGAACCCGCAACAUCAAGAUGCUGGUCCUGGAUGAAGCUGAUGAACUGCUGAACCGCGGCUUCAGAGAACAGAUCUACGACGUCUACCGAUACCUACCUCCUGCGACUCAGGUCGUUGUCGUUUCCGCUACUCUCCCCUACGAUGUGUUGGAUAUGACGACUAAGUUCAUGACGGAUCCAGUCAGAAUCCUAGUUAAGCGUGAUGAAUUGACUCUCGAAGGACUCAAGCAAUACUUCAUCGCUACCGAAAAGGAGGAAUGGAAGUUCGACACCCUCUGCGACUUGUACGACACUUUGACCAUUACCCAAGCCGUCAUCUUCUGCAACACACGUAGAAAGGUUGACUGGCUGACCGACAAGAUGCGGGAGGCCAACUUCACCGUAUCAUCGAUGCACGGUGAAAUGCCGCAGAAGGAGCGUGACAGCAUCAUGCAGGACUUCCGCCAGGGCAAUUCCCGUGUCCUCAUCUCUACCGAUGUUUGGGCACGUGGUAUCGACGUCCAACAGGUCUCGCUCGUCAUCAACUACGAUCUUCCCAGCAAUCGUGAGAACUAUAUCCACAGGAUUGGUCGAAGCGGUCGCUUCGGACGUAAGGGUGUUGCUAUCAACUUCGUCACUGCUGAUGAUGUUCGCAUCUUGCGCGACAUUGAACUGUACUACUCGACCCAGAUCGACGAGAUGCCUAUGAAUGUGGCGGAUCUCCUUGCAUAAACAGCCUUAGGCUUAAGAUGCUAGAGACAGCAUCCUACCUUUGACUUGGGUAUCAAUUGGAGUUGGAGGUGCUAUUCUACUGUCGUUCUAGGCAAGGUUAGCGUGGAGGAAAGGGGCUUUGUAGCCAAAAAGUGCGUGCAAUUUCCUUAGAAUCUCAGUCAGGUCCGCGUUCCAGGCAGGCCCAUGCUGACAGAACUGGAAUCGGACAGUUGAAACUCAUCUCAUAUGAGAACAAAUAAUACUUUGCCACCUC